AUGUAUGCCCGGUCGCUGUUGGCCGUCAGUGCCUUGUCACUAAACGCUGCUGCCUUCUUGGUUGUGCCCGAAGUCCUCCCACCUCUCGAAGGCGAGAACGCCCCUUUGCCUCACAUUUCCCAUGCGGUCGACACACAACAUGCCCAUACUGAGCAAAUCCAACUUGCCUGUGAUGAAUGUCCCUUCCCAACGGCCAGCUCCGAUGGUCUAGUCAGCUGGUCUUCUGACACCAAAUCGUCGUUGGAAUUCGACUUCUCUACUGAAGAUGGCAAGCUUUUCGUGAACGAUGCCCUCGUCUUCCCCCCACUCCCUAACGUCCCGGUUGAUGUGAAGGCUGUGCAGCGGAGGGACGCGGAUGGCGAGACCACCGAGCCUCUGAACCUAGGAUUCGCUCUCGUGGCUGUCCCUCUGGCUCCUCCACAGGACGACAUGGAGCUGAUGCAAAUCCGAUUUUCGCCGCUCGACAUUGAAGGACAUCCAGUGCCCCUUGAUACAAUCAGCCUUACCGUCGUCAAGACAGGAUCCGGCGACCUUUUGAUCGCACGAACUGAGAUUGAGCCCCCGGCUGGCCAAGAUGAUCACGAGUCGUGGGAGCAGUGCAACGGCGAGGCCCGAUGCCUGAGACGCCUGGUCUUUGUCCGUAUCCAAGCCUUGGUCCAGUCGGCCAAAGCACACAUGAUGAACUUGAAGGCAAAGCUCAUGUUCGGCGGCAAGGGCUGCCACGGAAAGUCUCGCCCCGGUCACAUGAAGCAUGGCCACCAUGAUCUCGAAAACGCCAGCAGCGAACAUAACCACCCUCACCACAUGGGCCCCAACGGCCACGCCCACCACCAUCGCCAUGGUUGGCACCGCACCUUCUUGCGUAUUGUUCGUUUCAUCGUGGUUCCUGCCAUUCUGGGUGUUCUCGCUGGUCUUGCUGCUAGCGCCGUCGGAAUGAUCGUCGGCCAGCUCAUCGUUUUCGUCUGGGCGCGCUUCCGCCGCAACACCACUACCCAAUCUACCUCGACUCUCGAGCAAGGAACUGUCUCGGAGAAGGAAAUUCUCAUGGCCCAAGAUGCCCAGGCUGAUGAUCUUCCACCAUACAGCGACGAAGAGCAGACUCCUCCCGCAGACACCAAGUGA